CAACAACAGCAGCAGCAGUCGCAAAAGAAAUCGUUAGUCGUCUCCAAGACGACAGGUGGCAAGAUCAGUGAUUAUCCAAUCGUGUUCACCAAAGACUCAAAAUAUCUCUUUGCAUGCACUGGUUCGUCAAUCAAGAUUUAUAGUGUUGCUACAGGUGCCGCAUUAAAGGUGCUGUCAAAGCCGGGCUCUACGGGUGCACAUAAAGGAACAGUGACCAAUGUGGUCUUGAACCCAAAAAAUCCCAUGCAAUUGUACUCGGCCAGUUUGGACGGAACGAUCAAAUUAUGGGAUUAUAACGAUGAUGUCUUAUUAAAGACAUUCCAUGUUCGUCAAGCAAUCGAGCAUAUGGUUAUAUGUCCUAAAAAUUCAGAUUACAUUUACCUGGUGACAAAGAUGUAUGACAGCGAUGGCAAUGAAGCAGCAAGCGGUAAAAAGUAUACGAUUUGCCGGUAUUACAUUGGAUCAGAAGAGAUACAACCGAGCAAGAAACGAAGAAACAUUCUACGCACCCACGGUUGUCAUGCUAUUGAUGUUUCUGCGGACGGAAAGUAUCUUGCCAUUGCCUCGAGAACUGUCAUUGUUUGGGAAGUAACUGAAGGAGAUGAGGAUGUUACAUGGUCACAGUUGCAAACAUGGCCCGUCUAUGGUCCUAGAAGGCUCAAGUUUAGUCCGGUGAAGCAGUGUUUGGCUGUUGGCAACGAUAGAGGUGAAAUGUACACGUGCUAUUUCACUCCAGAUACGUUGAGCAAGCCAAGAGUUUCAAGCAGCCACUGGCAUCACACUGGCAUCCGAGCGCUUCACUUUAUGGCGGAUGGAAUCUAUGUUUUGACGGGUGGUGACGAAGCUGUGCUUGUGUUUUGGCAAUUGGAAACCGGCUUCAAGCAGUUUUUGCCUCGUUUGGGUGGCGAGAUCAAUUCAAUUUCCGUAUCACCCGAUCACAAGUACUACUGCGUCGGCUUGGCCGAUAACUCUAUUCGUUUAAUCAACAGCAUUACACAAAAGAUUGACCAAGUGAUUCAAGGUUUACAAUAUGGAAAUAACACCCGACCAUCUACUGGCCUGGUUGUGGAGCCCCGGAAUCGAAACGUGGUUCUUAAUGGUGUGGAUGGAAGCGUCCAGUUUUACAACUGCGCCUCGGAUGCUCACGUAGCAGAAGUCGAAGUUGUUCCGGUCUCACGCAAUCAAAGCAUCGACAACAAGUUUGUACGCGCCAAUGUUCAGCACACCGCUUUCCUUGCCAACGGUGAAUGGAUGGCCACAGUCGAUAUGCGCGACGAUCUUGUAAACACACCAGAGCAGCACUUGAAGUUCUGGCGGUGGGAUCCAGAUACUCAGUCAUAUGCAUUGCAUACCAGAGUGGAUAAGCCCCACGCUGGCAAAAUCACAUCAUUGACGUUUAAUCCUGCUUCAACCACCCGAAACAAUCGGCCCAUGGCUAUCACUACGUCGGAAGACAAGACGUUCAAGGUCUGGCAUUUUACAUCCAACUUGGGAACAGCCUAUGAUCGCAACGAGGAGGCAUGGACGUGUCGAUCCAUCGGCUUAUACCGUCGUGAUAUCCCAGAGGCCGCUUCAUUCUCAUCGGAUGGAAGUAUCCUAACAGUCGCAUUCGGCCCAUUGGUGACCGUUUGGGAUCCAUCUGAGAACUGCAUCCGACAAAUAUUGGCUCAGCCCUCAGAAGAAAAGAUCCAUACGUUGCACUUUGUUGGUGACAGCCCUUACCUACUGGCAGCUUCGGAAACACGCAUCACCGUAUGGAAUAUGUUGACUUGCACAGUAUGGUGGAGCUACAAGAUCCAGGCAUCACAUAUUGCCGUUGAUACAUUAUCGACCCGAAUUGCUGUCGUUUGCUACAACGAAAAGGUCAAAGAAUCCCUCUUUGUGCUAUUUGAUGCAAAGUCGGCAAUGCCUUUGGCUCUGUGUCAGUCGACUCAGGUCUGCAAUGCACUCACGUUUAUUCCACGCACCGUCAAGGAUGUCACCAAAGGACGCACCGAACUGAUUUGCCUUACCGACAAACUCGCUCUUGAUGUUAUUUCGAUCGUUGACUCAUCUGCAGCAGCAGCAGCAGCGACGAAGCAACCUUUGGAAGAAAAGGAUACCAGUCUAUCAUUGGCAGCAGCAGCGGCAGAGCCGGCUGACAAGACCAUGCUGGACGAUAUUUUCGGCAAACGAUCACAAGAGCGGAAUGAAAAGGCUGAGGAGGAGACAUUGCGGACACAGACUGCUGCCAAGUUACGAGAGCAGGCGAUGCAAAAGGAAACGACUUUGGAUGGACGGACGAAGGACGAGGAUCAAGGUGCUGUUUUGGGUGCACCGAGCCAUGCAUUGCCUUCUGUCGAAGCAGUCUUUGACACCUUCAUGGGCGCUCUCAUGCAAUUGCGCAUCUCGGAUACUGCUGCUGCCAACGCAGUAGAUGCAAUGGAUGUUGACGAGGAAGACGAAGAAGACAAAGCAAACAGCAUAGAAUCACCAUCAUCAUCAUUAUCACAACAACGGCAAUCGCAUGACCAACAACCAGAAUCAUUCACUCUCGAGGAGCUCCCAUCAUUAAAUGCAUACUUUGCUGAACUGAUAAAACCUAAAGGUAAUGUCACAUCAUAUAGCUAGAAAAAAGCAUGGUUGGGCAUCAUACACAGAUGGCUAACGGUUGCUCGCCCCACUUUGUAACGGAAUAGCAAACGGUACAGCCACAUCACAUAUUCAAGAUCCUCCUUCAUCGGACACGGAUGUUUCGUCAGACGAAGAGGAAGAUCCAUCAGAGAUCGACUGGUAGCAACAGCAAUAGAUAUAUCAUUUCUUCUUGUUUAAUUGUUAUUUUUUUUUCUUAAUCAUUGUUUUUUAU